AUGCAUCCACGCACAGGGAAAACUAGCAGCACAAUGCCCCAGGUUUUACCCCAAAUUUGGAAUAUUCGUGGCUUACCUGUCACAACUGCUGAUACGAUGUCGGCCUCCGGAUACGUGAAGGGCCAAAUCACGAGGGCAACAAACGCCCUGAAGGAAAAACUGACGGCUGCGGAACAAACAAUGAUUGAAUUCUACGCUGUCAAGGACUCCAAAGAAGAUCUCGAGAAGGAUUCAAAGACGGUAACAGCAUGUAAGCGACAAAUGUUAGAUAUAGUAGUAGGUUUGAACCAAUGGGUGGACAACUUGAGGAGCGCUUGGCAAAGAGGAGAAAAUUAUAUCAAGGAACUAGAAGACGAAAAAGCACGCUUCGACAUACUUCAGGAGUUCAUGGAUCACUGGGAAGCCAGUCGAGCCGAGCAACUUAUAGCAAAUGCGCAAGUACUGGUUAUUACAGCUGAGUCUAUAAAAGCAAACCUGGAGAACACUCCUCCAAGUGAGGAGAAACUGCAAGAUAAACAAUACACGAAACAUACUUCAGGAGUUGAAAUUCAACUGCCUAAGUUGGAAAUACCAGAGUUUGAAAGGAGACAUGAGUUCUGGGAACUGUACUCCAUAGCCGUACACAACCAUCCGACAUUAGGAGCGGCGUCCAAGUUUCUACACCUUAAGAGUAAGCUUAAGGGACGAGCCGGAGACCUGAUAGCUUCCAUGAGAUUAUCUGCAGAGAACUAUCCAAGAGCAGUAGAGCUUUUACUUAGUACAUAUAAUAGACCAGACGUUUUAAGGAACAGACUUGUGGAACAACUAGAGGCGCUGCCUCCAGCAGGAAAAGCCGUAACUGAUCAACGUACUACAUUGUGCAAAGUAAAAGCUAUAUGGGUGCAACUUGCUAACUUGAACGAACAGCCCGGAUCGACAACAACCAUGAGGAUAAUUCGAUCUAAGUUUCCAAGAAAGACAAGAGAAAGGGUUGGGGAGAUGCGGAGAAAAAAUGACAACUGGACUGCGGAAGAUUUACUCGAUGCCUUUGAUAAAGUCAUCGACCAAUUAGAAAUUAUGGAGGAUACGGAUCCAACACCUACAGCAACGUCAAAGUUAUGCGUUGUAGACAACCCGCAAUCUAGUUCACGACAGUUCAAUAAGUCAUCGCGUAGAAGGCCGUCAACUCAAAGAAGCUCAAGCUCACGUAGUGAUGGAUCACAAAGAAGGAGCUUGUCAAAUGAAAAGCGGACAGGAAAGAAACAGCUACGGUGCAGCUUUUGCCUUCAAACUAGGCACAAAACUGCAUAUUGUGACGAAGUGGUAUCACCCUACGCAAGAAGGAAGAUAGUAGUGCAAUCGAAGUUAUGCUGGAAGUGUCUGAGGGCCGGACACCAAAGACUGCGAUGCGACGCACCCCCAUGUCGGACUUGCGGGAGAAGUCAUCACUGGUCCCUAUGUCUUCAAGGGACUUAUUCUCCACAGUCAAAGCCAAAAAGCAAAAAAAACCAAAAACCCUUCCCGAAAAUAGUCCAAGAACAGGCUGAAUGGAAGGGAAAAGUCAGUAGACAGCUCCUCGUCAGACGCAAAUCCAAGAAACGAGUUCAGAACAAACUCAAGAUCUCCGAGUCCAUAUUCAAGAGGACGAUCACCGAGAAGGUCCCAACAAGCCCAAAAACAGAGGACGAAUCAGACCGAUUCUCUGAUGAAAUAGACGACGAAGGGACUGAAGCAUCCCUAACCAAUGCAGUACACAAAAGAAAAAGUACCAGAAAUGAAAACAGCGAAACCCUGUUCAAUCCACCACGUCUUCAUUGUGUAGUGAAAGCACUAACUCUCAACAGGAACACAAAGAUGAAGCAAAUCUUAACAAUCGUGCUCCAAGACAAAUCGAGAGGCUAUAAAACCAAACUGCAUCUGUGGACACGGAAAACAAUUACUACAGUAUCCGCACAUACAGAUGGGAAUGACGAAUUCGACAAUAGCCGACGCCAUAAUGAAAGAACAGAGGUUGACGUCCUUAUAGGAAUGGACUACUACUGGGAUGUAGUCGAUCACAAAUGCAACCGACAACUUCCAUCAGGGCUAGUCCAAUCCAACACAAAACUUGGACCUGUUUUGUCUGGUAACGCAUCACCCGCUUCAUCCCGAACCCAUUCUGUUUCAGACACAGACCCAACAGAGGACCAACAAGACACUGCUGAAGUGGAACGCUUAGUCCAACGUCUAUUCGGGCUAGAGUCCAUGUGUUUCCAGAGAUGA